AUGAAUAGUAUUGUGGAUAAAACAGUCAACGUUCUUAGUCGGUUUGGAGAAAAAAUUGAACGUCGAUUAUCAACAGGUGAUAGAGAUUCAGCGAGUUUAGAACGAGCAGCAAGUGGACAGUUAUACUCUAGUGCAUCUGGUUUUCAACCCGUUGAUCGCUAUCGGAAAUCUUCAUCAUCGUCUUCUCAAAAUUAUUAUUCGUCAGCAUCACCUAUAUAUGGUGGACGAGGAUCACCAAAUUUUUUUGGUCAACAACAAGUGGGAGCCUUUGGUGGAUUUAAUAAUUAUCAACAACAACAAAAUGUUAAUGCUUAUAAUCCCUAUGCACAAGGUGGCGGUGGAGGAUACGGACAGAUGAAUAGAGGCUACGGAUCGCAACAAAAUUAUGGCUAUGGUGGUUUUGGUGUUGGAGGAGGAAAUCCGUAUGGAGGAAACUACGGAUCAAAUAUUGGUUACUCUCCCGAUUAUUAUAUCGCCGAAAGACGACAAGUCGAUUUAAUACCAGCCCCUCCCCCUCGAUACAUUCGACAAGAUGUACCCGUCCCAUAUCCAGUCGAUAGACCUGUUCCUCAGCCGUACCCUGUUGAGGUGCCCAGACCCGUACCAGUGGACAGGUAUAUACCAGUACCCGUCCCAUCUCCCGUUCCUGUCGAUCGACCUUAUCCAGUAGCAGUACCAGUGCCAGUACGCUCACCUCCUCCGCCACCAAUUUGUGUUCCUGUUCCUGUGCCCGUACCAGUUCCUUCACCACCGCCCAGUCCAGUUAUGUUUGAAAAUCGUGUAUCUUACAGUCAGAGAUGGUAUGCUGGGCAACCUCAAGCAGGUGGUGUAAUGUACGGUAAUUACAUGCCAUAA